GCCGCCAUUUCAAGACCGUGAGAGUAGAUGGCUAACCAGAGUUCCUAAGGUUCGGAGACUGUAAGUGCUGCCUCCGCUCAAGCCUCCCAAAGCACUGGUGCGGGAGCUGCUCUCUCACUCCUACCUCUAGAAACGUUGCAAGUAGUGGUGGCAUUGCGGGACUCAGUCACACCCUUCUCGCUCUCUAGAAGCUCCAGAUGGCGUCUUCCGUGGGCAACGUGGCCGACAGCACAGGGUUAGCUGAGUUGGCACAUCGAGAAUAUCAGGCAGGAGAUUUUGAGGCAGCUGAGAGACACUGCAUGCAGCUCUGGAGACAAGAGCCAGACAAUACUGGUGUGCUUUUAUUACUUUCGUCUAUACACUUCCAGUGUCGAAGGCUGGACAGAUCUGCUCACUUUAGCACUCUGGCAAUUAAACAGAACCCCCUUCUGGCUGAAGCCUAUUCGAAUUUGGGAAAUGUGUACAAGGAAAGAGGACAGUUGCAGGAAGCAAUUGAGCAUUACCGGCAUGCAUUGCGCCUCAAGCCCGAUUUCAUCGAUGGUUAUAUUAACCUGGCAGCCGCAUUGGUAGCAGCAGGUGACAUGGAAGGGGCAGUACAAGCUUAUGUAUCUGCUCUUCAGUACAAUCCUGAUUUGUACUGUGUUCGCAGUGACCUGGGGAACCUGCUCAAAGCCCUGGGUCGCUUGGAAGAAGCCAAGGCAUGUUAUUUGAAAGCAAUUGAGACGCAACCGAACUUUGCAGUAGCUUGGAGUAAUCUUGGCUGUGUUUUCAAUGCACAAGGGGAAAUUUGGCUUGCAAUUCAUCACUUUGAAAAGGCUGUCACCCUCGAUCCCAAUUUUCUGGAUGCUUAUAUCAAUUUAGGAAAUGUCUUGAAAGAGGCACGGAUUUUUGACAGAGCUGUGGCAGCUUACCUUCGUGCUCUAAGCUUGAGUCCAAAUCAUGCAGUGGUGCACGGCAACCUGGCUUGUGUAUACUAUGAGCAAGGCCUAAUAGAUCUGGCAAUAGACACCUACAGGCGAGCUAUUGAACUGCAACCACAUUUCCCUGAUGCUUACUGCAACCUAGCCAAUGCUCUCAAAGAGAAGGGCAGUGUUGCUGAAGCAGAAGAUUGUUAUAAUACAGCUCUCCGGCUGUGUCCCACCCAUGCAGACUCACUGAAUAAUUUAGCCAAUAUCAAACGAGAACAGGGAAAUAUCGAAGAGGCAGUUCGCUUGUAUCGUAAAGCAUUAGAAGUCUUCCCAGAGUUUGCUGCUGCCCAUUCAAAUUUAGCAAGUGUACUGCAGCAGCAGGGAAAACUGCAGGAAGCUCUGAUGCAUUAUAAGGAAGCUAUUCGAAUCAGUCCUACCUUUGCCGAUGCCUACUCUAACAUGGGAAACACCCUAAAGGAGAUGCAGGAUGUCCAGGGAGCCUUGCAGUGUUACACCCGUGCCAUUCAGAUUAACCCUGCAUUUGCAGAUGCCCACAGCAAUCUGGCUUCCAUUCACAAGGAUUCGGGAAAUAUUCCAGAAGCAAUAGCUUCUUACCGCACUGCUCUGAAACUUAAACCUGAUUUUCCUGAUGCUUAUUGCAACUUGGCUCAUUGCCUGCAGAUUGUCUGUGAUUGGACAGACUAUGAUGAGCGAAUGAAGAAGUUGGUCAGCAUUGUGGCUGACCAGUUAGAGAAGAAUAGGUUGCCUUCUGUGCAUCCUCAUCAUAGUAUGCUAUAUCCUCUUUCUCAUGGCUUUAGGAAGGCCAUUGCUGAGAGGCAUGGGAACCUCUGCUUGGAUAAGAUUAAUGUCCUUCAUAAACCACCAUAUGAACAUCCAAAGGAUUUGAAGCUCAGUGAUGGUCGACUGCGUGUAGGAUAUGUGAGUUCUGACUUUGGGAAUCAUCCUACUUCUCACCUUAUGCAGUCUAUUCCAGGCAUGCACAAUCCUGAUAAAUUUGAGGUAUUCUGUUAUGCCCUGAGCCCUGAUGAUGGCACAAACUUCCGAGUGAAGGUGAUGGCAGAAGCCAAUCAUUUCAUUGACCUUUCUCAGAUUCCAUGCAAUGGAAAAGCAGCUGAUCGCAUCCAUCAGGAUGGUAUACACAUCCUUGUAAAUAUGAACGGUUAUACCAAGGGUGCUCGAAAUGAACUCUUUGCUCUCAGGCCAGCUCCUAUUCAGGCAAUGUGGCUCGGAUACCCUGGGACUAGUGGGGCGCUUUUCAUGGAUUAUAUCAUCACUGAUCAGGAAACUUCACCAGCUGAAGUUGCUGAACAGUAUUCUGAAAAACUGGCUUAUAUGCCACAUACUUUCUUUAUUGGUGAUCAUGCUAAUAUGUUUCCUCAUCUGAAGAAAAAGGCAGUCAUCGAUUUUAAGUCCAAUGGGCACAUUUAUGACAAUCGGAUUGUUCUGAAUGGCAUCGACCUGAAAGCAUUUCUUGAUAGUUUACCGGAUGUGAAAAUUGUCAAGAUGAAAUGUCCUGAUGGAGGAGAUAAUGCAGACAGCAGUAAUACAGCUCUUAAUAUGCCAGUUAUUCCAAUGAAUACUAUUGCAGAAGCAGUUAUUGAAAUGAUUAACAGAGGACAAAUUCAGAUAACAAUUAAUGGAUUCAGUAUUAGCAAUGGACUGGCAACUACCCAGAUCAACAAUAAGGCUGCCACUGGAGAGGAGGUUCCCCGUACCAUUAUUGUAACUACACGUUCUCAAUAUGGUUUACCAGAAGAUGCCAUUGUCUAUUGUAACUUCAAUCAGUUAUAUAAAAUUGACCCUUCUACUUUGCAAAUGUGGGCAAAUAUUCUGAAGCGUGUUCCCAAUAGUGUGCUGUGGCUGUUGCGUUUUCCAGCAGUAGGAGAACCUAAUAUUCAACAGUAUGCACAAAACAUGGGUCUUCCCCAGAACCGUAUAAUUUUUUCACCUGUUGCUCCUAAAGAAGAACAUGUCAGGAGAGGCCAGCUGGCUGAUGUCUGCCUGGACACUCCGCUCUGUAAUGGGCACACCACAGGAAUGGAUGUCCUGUGGGCUGGGACACCGAUGGUGACUAUGCCAGGAGAGACUCUUGCUUCUCGAGUUGCGGCUUCCCAGCUCACUUGUUUAGGUUGUCUUGAGCUUAUUGCUAAAAAUAGACAGGAAUAUGAAGAUAUAGCUGUGAAACUGGGAACUGAUCUAGAAUACUUGAAGAAAAUUCGUGGCAAAGUCUGGAAGCAGAGAAUAUCUAGCCCUCUGUUCAACACCAAACAAUACACAAUGGAACUAGAGCGGCUCUAUCUACAGAUGUGGGAGCAUUAUGCAGCUGGCAACAAACCUGAUCACAUGAUUAAGCCUGUCGAAGUCACUGAGUCAGCCUAAAUAAAGACUCUGCACAGGAGGAUUACCCCUCUACCUGAGCCUCAACCUUCAGGGGAAAGGGAACUAGAUAAUGUACUUUUUACUUAUCUGUAUAGUGUCAUAUUACAGAUGGGUGACAAAUAAUGAUAAUAGAAUAGCACAGCCAGGGUUGCUUUGUGCAUGAUAGGAAGAGACACAAGAGAUGGGAAACUGCUGUUCUACAAGGAAUCUCUCUAGAAUUUUGCAGCAACCAGGUGGUGCAUAGAUCUGGAAGGUCUGCUCUCCCUUGGUCUUCCAUGGGAUGGUUAGUGGAGGGGAGAUCUAGAUUGUCCAGCCGUUUUGUGAUUCCAUUGCUUGAUAGAGUCUUCUGAAUUAAUUUUUUCUUUAUAUUUUUGGUAUUGGAGCUUUUAAAAAUGUUUGGUUUCAGGUGAUUUUAUUCAUGUGAAGUGUAUAUGAUUCUCUUGUGAUAAGGUUUUAAACUAAAAUGUUGCUUCUUGUUUUAGUUUCUGAACUCUACAGAUUAAUGGGAACUUUGCUGGUGUAGUCUUUUUAUAGGUUUUAUAAACCACUUAAGCCUAUAUCAGUCGUUUGAGUGUCUGACCUAAUGAAUGGAGCUAUCAGUGCUUUUUGAUUUAGAUGAUGAUUCAGAAUUUUUUUUUUCUGGCCCAUUUCCUUCCCCUCCCCCUACUUUAAAAUUUCUCCUGUAACUCAACUAACAAAACCAAGUCUGUUUCAAAACAUCCCAGAGUGUUUCACUAAAACACAUCAUCUAGUGCCAAAUGAAACUUCUUAGGAAUGAUUAUUAAUUAUGAAGGGCACAGUUGUGAUACUAUCAUUGAUGAUGAUAAUGAUUUUUUUGGCCUAGUUUUCAUCUAUUUCAUCAGUGUUUUACCUUCAACUGCCCCUCUAUGCUGCUUCCCGAAGUAAUAGUGUGUGAUAAGAUUUUUACCUUCCUUUCUAAGGUUUUUUUUUUUUUAAGUGAGUCCUGUUCUUCCUAUUUCUGUCAGCAGAAAUGAAAUCCCAGGUAAGUAUAAGUAUUCAAAUAUUUGAUCACUAAGUUAAAGUUAUUACAAAUACAUUAAAUAUCUUUGAUCAAAAACAUGUUAUGGGUGAAAAGCUCUGAAGGACCAGCUAUGUAUAUGAAUAAUUAUUUUUCAGACCUUCUAGGGUAUUAUAUAAUAACUGUCUUCUGGACUUGGUCUUGAAGUCUCUGUGGGUUCAGCCAUAGUAGCAAACUGUACUGCUAUUUGGUUUGGAGUUACAAAUUAGACUUUAGGCCACCUGGAGCUUGAGUUCUUGGUAUUAAAAACCAUAGGAAUAAAAUUAUUGAAUUUCAACAAAUGAUUGAGGACUUGAGGCUCAAACAAACCAACAUAUGAAUAUAUGUUUUUGUCUUGCUAUACUGCACUUAUGCUAUUCAGUAACAGUAACAGAUAAUUUUUUUGUCUGCUAGUAGUGUUCUAGAUUAUAGUGUCUUUUCAAAGCACUAAGGCAGUGUACCUAUUCUGUAGUUGCAGCUGAUGCUUGAAUGUGUCCUAGCUGACAAAUUAUUGAUUAAUAAGAACUUGAAUUUCUGAAAGUCUUACUGUUAACCAAAAUCUGAGCAGGAGUCUCAAAUAUAAUUUUUAGCCAGAAUUACAUGUGAAUGAACUGUAUCUUUUAACAGUGUAAAUCAAGGAACAUCAGUUUAGGGAUUUCUUAAUUUAUUUUUUACAUGAUUGAAAUAUUAAAGGUUGCCAGCAUGGUUGCAGAUAAACUGAUGUUUGAAAUUCACCAAACUACUUAAUGUGGAAUAAGAUGAUAUACUUCUAGUGCCCUCAAGGUUGUGACCUUAGUCAUUUUACAUAGCACAUCAUUUCUCCUAUAGGGAUGAACUUUUUCCUGGCACGAAAGUAGCCGCUCUGGUUAAAGCUUUGCUUAUUGUAACAGGCUUUGGUUUCCAGGUAAUAUGUCUAUGGAAGACUUAAUUAUGAAUAGAGAUAUAGAGAUCACUGGAAACAAAUUGUUUUUUUCUAUUAUGCUCUGCUUUAUCAAAAAAGUAAAACAUUUAAAUUGUGCUACAGAAAUCAGAUGUUGUCUUGUGGUCUUUAAAAUAAUUAAUAAAUGAAUGAUUUGUCCUUAA